GCAAAUGCGGUCGGCCUAAAAUGAGCUACGAUGUGGGCUUCCUAUCUUGUUACGCAAGUCUCACUGGAAAACAAAGAAAACUAACUUUUGGUUAUCGAUGCAAGCGCCAGGGUUGUUUCAAAUUACGACUGUUCAAGUUAUAUUGCAAAUAUAUCGUCGGUAUCAACAAAUAUAGUCACGAUGCCAGUGUUUGCCUGGUGAAUGGCAACACGGGAGAUAUAGUUGUAAAUUAUGCAAAAGAAAGGUUUACAAGACGCAAACAUGACGGAAAUGAUGUUGGUGAACUAGUGGAACAUAUGUUUGCAAGACUGGGGGUUGCAUUUGAAGACAUAGUUCUCGUGGUCCAGAAUAAUCACCACUAUGGAAUCAGCGCUUUCGAAGAAAAGCUGCCCUGGACAAGCCAGAUGAACUAUUAUCCAAAGCAGUAUCUCUCUCCAUAUAAUCUUUUACCGGGAAUACCGAAAAUAGAGAUAAGCCAUCACUUGGCACAUACUUGGUCAGUGUAUGCCCAGCUUGAAGCUGCUGUUGCGUCGAAUGAGGACUCCUUAAUACUUGUUAUGGAUGGUAUGGGAGACUCAAGCCGAGAACUAGCAAACCAUUUCGCAAAUGAGGAUACCACUUCAAACAUAUAUAUUCAUGAUUUGAUGCAUGUUACAAGCAGACAGCCUGGAGAGUGGAAACACCAAUGGAAUAGUAAAUGUUAUCCCAAGAACAUCCAACUUUUUGAAAACUUGAGAGAAGCAGAGAGUUGUUAUCGUUGUUCAAAGGACGGUAUCGAUUUGAUAUGGAAACGUUGGUCCCGCGAAAAAUCCCCAGCAGAGUGCUAUAAUCAUUCAUUUGAAGACAUGGAAUCGAUAGGUGCGGUGUAUAGUCGUAUUGCGAGUCAUAUAUUUGGAGAUUGGAAUUCUUGUGGUAAAGUUUUCUUUUGGCUGUUAUUACAAGGUGAUAAUUCUGUACUAGGUAAAGUCAUGGGACUAGCGGCAUACCAUAUUCCGACUCAGACAGGUAGAACUUCGAGAAUGAAAGAAUGGAUAAUGAGGCUGGAUAAUGAAAACAUACUUUCUGGUGAGUUGCCCGAACGACUUGAUAUUCAUUGGGACCUUUUAAAGCAACUUCCUUAUCCAAAUCAAUGGAAUGAAUGUGAUGAAGAUUUAUUUCAAUUUUACGCAGCGUUGGCUUAUCGAAUACAAAAGGAUACAGAAGAUAUCGUCAUUUCUUUGAUAAGGAGGCUUUCUAAGGAGCACAAUGUUCCGAUUCUUGGACUCUGUGGAGGACUAUUCUUGAAUAGUUCACUUAAUGGAAAGAUUCUUUCAGAAACUUGCUUUCGUCAUGUUUGGAUUCCACCAUAUCCUGGAGAUGAAGGUAUUGCGAUUGGUUGCGCUUUGUAUGGAUAUCACUACUUUAAGAGAUACGACAUAUCUUCGCAUACCAUGAGGAGUCAAACAUCUUCAAGAAUAGUUUCUCCAUUCCUAGGCUUUCAUUAUUCUAACGACGAUAUUGAAGAGGCUGUACAAGAGUAUCUGCCUUGGAUAGAGGAAAUAAAGCCAUCCAAAGAGAUGAACGAUAGGUUGAAGUCAAUCACAGUCUUUGUUGCACAAGAGUUGUAUAGGAAUCAUGUAAUUGCAGUUUAUCGUGGGAGAGCUGAAAGUGGGCCACGUGCUUUAGGCAAUCGUUCUAUUCUGGCCAAUCCUGCCGAUCCGAAUAUGAAGGAUAAACUUAAUAGGAGAGUAAAGUUCCGUGAGUCAUUUAGACCUUUUGCGCCUACAAUUUUGGAAGAGAAUGUUGUUGAUAUACUGGAAUUCAAUAUUCCUUUGAAAGCUAUUUCCGAAAGUUGUCGUUACAUGUCAGCCACAUUAUCUAUCAAAGAAGAGAUGAUUCUUAAAAUUCCUGCAGCGGUACAUGUGGACAAGACUGCUCGAGUUCAAGUAUUAAGAAGAAUGGAUAAUUUUUGGUUUUACGAGAUAGUUUCAGAAUUUUAUAAACUGUCAAAGAUUCCAGCAGUUUUAAACACAAGUUUUAACAUUCGUGGAGAACCAAUAGUGGAGACUCCUUAUGAUGCCUUCGAAUCCUUUUUGGAUACUUCAACGGAGAUAGACUGGCUCCUAUUAGAAGAUAGAUUAUUUCGGAAGAAAUCCUUUCCUGAAGCUUAUCAUUCCAUGAGAGUUGUUUUAAAAGAGCCCAUCCAAAUUCAUACUUUAGAGAACCCACUCGUCGGUGAAGUCAACUUUGAAAUAGUUGAUAUGACUGGAAAGAUUCAUCAACCUGGCUCAGACAUUGAUACAUCGAUUUUGCAGUUGGCGUCCAGUAACAAAUAUACAUGUGCAGAUAUUAUACAAGAACUAAUCGAAGAAAUGGAAGAUAUCAUAGAAGCCAAGUUUGUUGUUGACAGACUUGAACUUUUGUGGAAGUUGCGACUUAUCUCGCUUCUAGAGAUUUAAGAAACUCUUUGCCCGCUCGUUUCUUCAAGCUU